UGUCUGCUUUGCAGAUGGCGGUGGUGGACGGACGCUGCUUUUAGCAAAUAUUCUUUUACUUUUCUCACUUCCCCUUCUUAAUGUAUAGUUUGAGGGCUAUUUCCACAAACACAUUGUGUCGUUCUUCAUUUGUCUUAAUAUUUAAAGCAGGGUAGCAGUUAUUUGUUUGUCUUGUGCAGUGUGUGGAGAAGGGUAUCCCGGUUAGCAUCUUUGUUAACAAGUUAGGCCUGAUUGUGUUUGAACAAUAGCCGCGACUCCAUCUUGCUGGUUUUAAACAUCAUUCAUGCUUUUAACUCUUUGCUUUUUACUACACCAUUAGUAGCAAAAACAACAUGCCGCUUGUCUACAUUCUCUCCCACUGACGCCUUUUUUUUUUAUUACAAGAAGAAUUGAGGAAUCCCAAGAAGAAGAAGAAGCUGACAAAGGAAGAUGGCUGCUUGGACGGAGGCAGCAAAUGGCAGGGGGGAUGCUGGUAAAUUGGAAGUGAACAAGAAAGACAAGCUGAGUUCCAAGUUGUCUGUGGAGAGAGUGUACCAGAAGAAGACCCAGCUGGAACACAUUCUGCUCCGUCCUGACACGUACAUAGGUUCUGUGGAGCCCAUCACACAGCUUAUGUGGGUUUUUGAUGAAGAGGUUGGAAUGAACCAGAGGGAAAUUACCUAUGUUCCUGGACUUUAUAAAAUCUUUGAUGAAAUUCUUGUCAAUGCAGCUGAUAACAAACAGAGAGACAAAAAUAUGAAUUCAAUCAAGAUCAGCGUUGACCCUGAGUCCAACACCAUAACCAUAUGGAACAAUGGCAAAGGGAUACCAGUGGUGGAGCACAAGGAUGAGAAAAUGUACGUCCCAGCUCUCAUUUUUGGCCACCUGCUCACCUCCAGCAACUACGAUGAUGAGGAGAAAAAGGUGACAGGUGGGAGGAAUGGCUAUGGUGCCAAACUUUGCAACAUUUUUAGUACCAAGUUCACUGUGGAAACAGCCUGCAAAGAGUACAGACACAGUUUCAAACAGACGUGGCAGAACAACAUGAGCAAAUCCUCCGAGCCCAAGAUCAAGUUUUUCGAUGGAGAUGACUUCACCUGCGUGACGUUCCAGCCAGACUUGUCCAAGUUCAAGAUGGAGAAACUGGACAAGGAUAUAGUGGCACUUCUUACUCGCAGAGCAUACGAUGUGGCUGGCUCCUGCAAAGGUGUUAAAGUCACCUUGAAUGGGAAAAAAUUGCCUGUUACUGGCUUCCGCAGCUACGUGGAGCUCUACGUGAAAGACAAACUGGAUGAGACCGGCGUAGCCCUGAAGGUGGUGCACGAACAUGUCAACGAUCGAUGGGAGGUUUGCCUCACAAUGAGCGAGAAAGGAUUCCAACAAAUCAGCUUUGUCAACAGCAUCGCCACUACUAAGGGCGGCAGGCACACUGACUAUGUGGUGGAUCAAAUCGUGUCCAAGCUUAUUGAAGUGGUGAAGAAGAAAAACAAGGCAGGCGUGUCCGUCAAACCUUUCCAGGUUAAGAACCAUAUUUGGGUUUUCGUGAAUGCACUGAUUGAGAAUCCAAGCUUUGACUCCCAGACCAAAGAAAACAUGACACUCCAGACAAAGAGCUUUGGUUCCAAAUGCCUUCUCUCCGAAAAGUUUGUCAAGGCUGCAACCAAUUGUGGGAUUGUCGAGAGCAUCCUCAACUGGGUGAAGUUCAAAGCUCAGAUACAGUUGAAUAAAAAGUGCUCAUCAGUGAAGCACAGCAAAAUCAAAGGCAUUCCCAAGCUAGAUGAUGCCAACGACGCCGGUGGUAAACACUCCUCCGAGUGCACGCUUAUCCUCACUGAGGGAGAUUCAGCCAAGUCUCUGGCUGUAUCAGGACUUGGAGUCAUUGGGCGUGAUCGCUAUGGCGUGUUCCCACUGAGAGGAAAGAUCCUCAACGUGCGAGAAGCCACGCACAAGCAGAUCAUGGAAAAUGCUGAAAUCAAUAACAUCAUCAAAAUUGUUGGCCUCCAGUACAAAAAAAGCUAUGAAGAUUCCGAGUCCCUGAGAAGCCUGCGCUACGGCAGGAUCAUGAUCAUGACUGAUCAGGAUCAAGAUGGGUCUCAUAUUAAAGGUCUACUCAUCAACUUCUUCCAUCACAACUGGCCGUCCUUGCUUAAACACACAUUCCUGGAGGAAUUCAUCACACCCAUUGUCAAAGCCACAAAGAGCAAGCAAGAGGUGGCUUUUUACAGCAUCCCAGAGUUUGACGAGUGGAAGAAAAACACAGAAAACCACAAGAGCUGGCAUGUCAAGUACUACAAAGGUUUGGGUACGAGUACAAGCAAAGAGGCAAAGGAAUACUUUGCUGAAAUGGAGAAGCAUCGCAUCACCUUUAGAUACAACGGAGCAGAGGAUGAUGCUGCCAUCACUCUGGCUUUCAGUAAGAAGAAGACCGAUGACAGGAAGGAGUGGCUGACCAAUUUCAUGGAAGACCGACGACAAAGAAGAAUGCACGGUCUGCCUGAGCAAUACCUGUACGGGACGCAAGCCAGACAUCUGUCCUACAAUGACUUCAUCAACAAGGAGCUGAUUCUCUUCUCCAACUCUGACAAUGAGAGAUCCAUUCCGUCACUGGUUGAUGGACUAAAGCCCGGCCAGAGAAAAGUGCUUUUCACCUGCUUAAAGAGGAACGACAAGAGGGAGGUGAAAGUUGCACAGCUGGCUGGUUCAGUAGCAGAGAUGUCUGCGUACCAUCACGGAGAGCAAGCGCUCAUGAUGACCAUCGUCAACUUGGCUCAGAACUUUGUGGGCAGCAACAAUGUGAACAUUCUGCAGCCCCUCGGCCAGUUUGGUACUCGCAUCAAUGGAGGCAAAGAUGCUGCCAGCCCUCGUUAUAUCUUCACUAUGCUCAGUCCACUUUCCAAGUUGUUAUUUCCCGCGGGGGACUCCAACCUGCUGAAGUUCCUGUACGAUGACAAUCAGAAGGUGGAGCCUGAAUGGUACAUUCCCAUUAUUCCCAUGGUGCUUGUAAACGGUGCAGAGGGCAUUGGAACAGGUUGGGCAUGCAAGAUUCCAAACUACGAUCCCCGAGAGAUUGUCAACAACAUCAGCCGGCUGCUCAGCCAUCAAGACGCCCUGCCAAUGCUCCCCAGCUACAAGAACUUCAAAGGGACAAUCCAUGAACUUGGUCCCAACCAAUACCUGGUCAGUGGAGAGGUGUCGGUCCUAGACAAACACACCAUAGAGAUCACAGAACUCCCCGUACGAACAUGGACUCAGGCUUACAAGGAGUCAGUGUUGGAGCCCAUGCUGCAGGGCACCGACAAAACACCAGCGCUCAUCAACGAUUACAAGGAGUACCACACAGAUUCCACAGUUAAAUUUGUGGUUCGCAUGUCUGAGGAGAAACUGGCCCAGGCUGAGGCAGCCGGUCUCCACAAAGUCUUCAAGCUUCAGUCUAGCCUCACAUGCAAUUCAAUGGUACUAUUCGACCAUAUGGGUUGCCUUAAGCGAUAUGAUUCCGUCCAAGACAUUCUAAGAGACUUCUUUGAACUUCGCCUGCACUACUACAAACUACGGAAGGACUGGUUAGUUGGUAGCCUCGGAGCUGAGGCGGCCAAACUGUCCAACCAGGCACGUUUUGUGCUGGAGAAAAUCGAAGGGAAAAUUUCCAUUGAGAACAAAUCCAAGCGUGAACUGAUACGCAUGUUGGUCCAAAAAGGCUUUGAGUCGGACCCUGUAGCUGCCUGGAACAAAGCUCAAGAGAAGGCUCUAGAAGAUGACAAUGACGGAAAUGAGAGUGACGGCUCGGUGGACUCUGGUUCUUCUUCGGGCCCAAAUUUUAACUACAUCCUUAACAUGUCUCUGUGGUGCUUGACAAAAGAGAAGGUUGAGGAGCUCCUGAAACAAAGGGACCAAAAGACAGUGGAGCUGCAAAAUCUCCAGAAGAAAUCCUCAGAAGAUCUGUGGAAGGAGGAUUUGGCAGUGUUCAUUGAAGAGUUAGAUAAAUUUGAGGCAAUAGAGCGGGAAGAGCAGAGUUUGGGGAAAGUUGUCAAACUAAUCAAAGGCAAAGUGGGGAAACCCAAGGCCAAGAAGCUGAAUCUGGAGGAGACAAUGCCAUCACCAUUUGGCCGCAGGGUGGAUCCGCCUUCUCAGCCACUCAAAUCGGACUCGACCAAGAAAGUGACCAAAAAGAAAAAGGUUGACGCCGACCCAGCUCUGAAGUUGGAGGGUGAUGAUGAUGGAGAUGCAGCAGCAGGUGAAACUCCUGUAAUCAAACCAAAGACUCCACGUGUGAAGAAGGAGAAGAAAGAACCUGGAGCACCCAGAGUAAGAAAAACUCCGGUACCCAAAGGCACUCCUGUCAAGAAGGUGAAAAAAAGAAACCCAUGGUCGGAUGUUGAGUCCAACUCAGAUAGUGAUCUGGAGAACAGUCCACUUGUCAUUCCCCGGGAGACCAAGUCCCAGAGGGCAUCAGCAUCCAAGCCAAAAUACACGUUUGACUUCUCAGAGGAGGAAGACGAUGGCGAGGAAAAUGGAGAUGACGACAACGAUGACGUGGCCCUUUCUCCCGCAAGGGCGUUGAAAGAUGAGUCGGCUGCGUGUGAAACCAAGGAAAGCUACAGUGACCAGAAUGAGGAUUCUGAUUGCAACAAAGACUCUUACACUGCCCCCGAGCAGAAGACAAAGUCUCAGUCGGAGGAAAAUAAGAAGACAAGCAGCACCUUCUCCUCUAAAUGUGUCCUCUCUGAAGACAGCAAUGACAGUGUCAUGUCCAAAUCCGACAGCGAUGCCGAGCCACCUUUCUCCACCUUUUCAAGCAGCUCUGCGUUUGACAGUCCAUCACUGGGAAAGAAAGCCAAGAAGUCAUGUGAUGCAGUUCCGAAAGAGAGGAAGACCCCAACAGCAAAAGCAGAGAAACCUGUUCAGUCCGUGUGGGACUCGGAUUCUGACUCUGGAUCCAAGAAAGUAGCUCUUAAAGGUCCAGGCUCAGGUUCAGGUUCAGGUUCAGGUCGUGGAAGAAAGAGAACGGCCUCUGGUUCUGAGGAUGACGAGUAUAGUCCUGUGAAGAAAAACACAAAACCAGGAGGAAGGAAGAGUCAGAAGCGUGGGUCUGAUGAUGAGGAUGAGAAGACUACAAUGAACACAUCAUCAUCAUCCCGGGGUGGUCGUGCAAAGAAGGAAGUCAACUACUUUGCCGAGGAGGACAACGAGGACAACAACGAUGACGACGACGACAUGUUUCACUAAAACUAUUUUCACCAUCUUCACUUUGCUUGUAUGCAAUUCUUUGACUUUCUUCUUUUUUUUACAUCUCCUUGUUUCAUUUCCUUUUAUUAAUAGUAAUGUGGAAUAUUUGUCAUGUGUAGUCCUUUAACAAUGUUUACACUUGCUUUUUUAUGCUUGUUGACAUUUUCUGUAAUGCUCUGAAGCUGCAUUUAGUUUAGAGCUCUUCUAAUUGUUCAAAGAAAAUGUAUUUGAAAGUUCAAAGUAAACAAUGAAAUG